CCUCAACGGCGGCUGCUGGAGAAUAAAGAAAUUGAACUGACAGGCCCAGUGAAGUUUACUUCUGCUUUCUCAGAAUCCGCUUCUAAUUCACUGAGUCUUUCUGCAAACUCUCAGUGCAAAGGGAGGGGUUUUGAGAGAGAGAACUGGGGGGAAGGCAGUGAGGUGGGGAGACGAACAGGAGGACCAAAGAGGGGACAGGACCUCAAUCCAGGGGAGGGACACCUAGGAAGAAAGUUGAGAGAAGAGAAGGGCACUUGGCCAAGGAAAGCAGAGGGGGUGGGGAGCCCUUGUGAGAGGAAAGGGGGAGGAAACCAGGGGAGACCUGGGUUUGACGAUAAGACGCAAGGUUUACAAUUAACCUCACUUCUGAACUCUCUGGAAGUGAGGGACUCAAUUUCUCUGUAAAAUAGGAAUAUUGAUUCUCUUCUCGCCUGACUUGUCAGUGAUGAGUAGACAAAUGAAACAUGGUUGUCUGGAAAUACAGGGUCUUUUAUGAAUCAAAACUGGAAACUAAUAGUUUCUUGUUUCUCUGUCCCUCAGGAACACCAAUGGACCAAAAUGAAUACAGUCUCUCUGAACCCUGGAUGAAGAGGCAACACGCCAGAGGAUCAGAGCUGAGAAUCAUUCUGGUGGGCAAAACAGGAACCGGCAAAAGUGCUACAGGGAACAGCAUCCUCAGGAACCAGGCAUUUGUGUCCAGGCUGAGCGCCCAGGCCUUGACUAAGACUUGCAGUGAAAGCCGGGGGUCCUGGGGAGAGAGAGAGAUGAUCAUUAUUGACACACCGGAUGUGUUUUCUGGGAACGACCUCUCUGAAACGCUAUAUGAGGAGGUGCAGAGCUGCUACUUACUCUCUGCACCAGGACCCCAUGUGCUGCUCCUGGUGACUCAGCUGGGCCGAUACACCACCCAGGACCAGGAGGUUGUACAGAGGGUGAAGGAGAUCUUUGGAGAGGAUGCCAUGAGACACAUGAUCGUCCUCCUUACCCACAAGGAAGAUCUUGAUGGCGGCUCUUUGACAGACUACAUCCAUGACUCAGAUAACAGUACCUUAAGCAAGCUGGUGGCAGCAUGUGGGGGGCGAGUCUGUGCCUUUAAUAACCGUGCUGAAGGAAGCGAGCAGGACAGCCAAGUGAAGGAGCUGAUGGACUUGAUUGACAGUUUGAUGAUGGGUACAAUGGGUGAUCACUACACCAACGAGCUGUACAGCCUAAUUCAGGGGUCAAAAGGUGGAUCUGCUGGGUCAGAGGUGAGAGUAAAGGAGUUCAAAGGCCAACUUAUAACGUACAUGGAAAUGCAGAGAUACUGCAUGGUCAUGGCCCAAGCAAAUUGUCUAAAAAGAGCCUUAAUCAAAACACAAUCGUGGAUUUUAUUUUGUAUGCAGUUAUGUGUCAGAUUGUUAAUUCUGCUAUUUUGUGUGUUGCGCAGCAUGUGCAAUUGGUGCAAUUUGUUUUACUGCUUACUCUUCAGUGUGUGCAAUUUAUUCUGUAGCUUACUGUUUAUCAUACCCAGAAAGUUAAUGAGAAUAUUCAGAAAGGCCCCUGGAGUGGGCUACUGGAGUAAGCCCUAAAUUAUACUUACAGAUCAGCAAAUAUUUACUCACUGUCAUUGGAUGAGUCACAGUGCCUCCCCUGUCAUAGAUGCCUGAUGCACUUGAGGUUUUGUGAAAUUUUUAAAUUUUGACAUAUCAUUCUAUUAAUUAAUAAAAUUAUCUUAAAAGCCACCAUUUGCUUUGAAAUGUGAGAAACUUUUGAAAACUACAAACAAAUUACACUGGUUUGUAAAUUCAUAGGCAGUUUUAUUUUCCUAAAAACUCCUUUCCUUCUUUACAAUACCAUAUUUCUGCUGAGUAUAAUGAAAUCAGCAAUAAAAUAAUAAG